AUGAACGGAAAUGACUCCUAUGAUGCAAAUCACAGGAAAAGCGUAGAAGUGCAUCGAGUUUCAAUUUUGUUGCUCUCAUUCUCCAUCUAUCUAUCUUUAAGAGUUUUACUAAAGAUGGGACUAGCUCUGGGUUGUCUUCAAGUCGAACAGUCAACAGUAGCGAUCCGAGAAGUUUUUGGCAGAUAUGAGGAUGUGCUUGAACCUGGUUGCCACUGUGUGCCAUGGUUCAUGGGUAGACAAAUAGCCGGUUACCUUUCUUUGCGUGUGCAGCAACUAGAUGUUCGUUGUGAAACCAAGACAAAGGACAAUGUUUUUGUGACUGUGGUUGCAUCUGUCCAAUAUCGAGCACUGGCAGAAAAUGCGGUGGAUGCUUUUUACAAACUUACCAAUACCAGAGAACAGAUCCAAGCCUAUGUCUUUGAUGUUAUCCGGGCAACCAUUCCAAAAAUGGAACUAGAUUCUUCUUUUGAACAGAAGAAUGAUAUUGCAAAAGCCGUUGAGGAAGAGCUUGAAAAGGCGAUGUCGGCUUAUGGGUAUGAGAUAGUUCAGACUCUCAUUGUGGAUAUUGAACCAGAUGAGCAUGUGAAAAAAGCCAUGAAUGAGAUAAAUGCUGCGGCAAGACUUAGAUUGGCUGCAAAUGAGAAAGCUGAAGCAGAGAAGAUUCUGUAUAUCAAAAGGGCAGAGGGCGACGCAGAAUCAAAGUAUCUAGCCGGGCUUGGAAUAGCUCGUCAGCGUCAAGCCAUAGUUGACGGGCUGAGGGACAGUGUUGUUGCAUUUGCAGAGAAUGUCCCCGGGACAUCAUCAAAGGAUGUCAUGGACAUGGUUCUUGUGACCCAAUACUUUGACACGUUGAAGGAGAUUGGCGCAUCGUCAAAAUCCAAUUCGGUUUUUGUUCCACACGGACCGGGUGCUGUGAAAGAUAUUGCUUCACAAGUCAGAGAGGGUCUUCUCCAAGGAAAUGUCGCCGCCGGGCAUUGA